GUUGCUUUCUGGACUCGCUGGCUUAUCAUUUUAAUUUAGUCUCCCAGGUCAAUCAUGGUUGCCAUGAGGACUCGGUCGUGGACGUGGACAUGGUGUGUGGUCUUCAGCUGGAUGUGUGUUGGUCAUACAGAGGCAGACCCACACUACAUGGUUGGAAUCCCAGCCCUUCUGGAAGCUGGAGCUGACACCAAUUUCUGUGCCAGUCUGCUGCAACCCAACGAGACUCUGACUAUGACUGUCUCUUUAAACUCUGAAGAGGAAAACAGGACCCUCUUCAGUGAGGCAUCCAGCAAAGACUUCCAUAAGUGCAUCAGUUUUAAGGUUCCGCUUCCAAAGAGCAAUGAAGAGGUACAGGAACUUGUUGUGGAGGUACAAGGUGCAACAUUCCACUCAAGGGAGGUCAGGAAAGUGUUGAUUAAGGUCUACGAACCGAUGAACUUCGUCCAAACAGAUAAACCCAUCUACCUCCCAGGACAAACGGUGCAAUUCCGAGUUGUAUCACUGGACACCAAGUUCAGACCUGCCUUCCAGAUGUACAACAGCAUUGGAAUUGAGGAUCCCAACAACAACCGCAUUGGACAGUGGCUCAACGAAACCUCCAACAGUAAAAUAUUGCAGCUGUCUUACUCUUUGAACUCUGAGGCACGGGAAGGAGUCUACCAAGUCAUCGUGUCAGUGAACGAAGAGAAAACAUACCAGAACUUUAAGGUGGAGAAAUAUGUUUUGCCAAAGUUUGAUGUAAAAAUAGAAGGAGCGGACAAAGUGACAAUCAUAGAGGAUGACAUCUUCUUUGACGUGUGUGCACAGUACACAUAUGGACAGCCUGUGCCUGGCACUGCCACACUUAAGGUGUGUCGACCGCUCUAUUCCCAUAUUUAUUCCUCUUCUGACAACCCAGAUGGCGUCCCUGACAUAGAACCUCCGUGCUAUGAGGACACAAAGCAGACCAACAAGACCGGCUGUGCCACCUUCACUGUGAAGAUGUCCACUUUCACAAAAAUUGGCCAAAAGGCAGCUCAAGAUACACUGGAUGUCCAUGCUGAGGUGAAAGAAACGGGGACAGAUAUUGAACAAAAACAGUACAAAAAGAUGCCAAUAUCCUAUGUGAUUGGAAAGCUGUCAUUUGUGGAUACACCUAAGAUUUAUGACAAAGGCUCAAUUGUGAAAGGAAAAGUCCAAGCAGUGCACUACAACAAUACUGCGAUUGUCGGCAUGGAUCUGUACCUGCUGGAGGGUCAGAGGUGGACGCCGUCUCUCCGGCAGAACCUCACAACAGACAGUGAUGGCUUUGCGACAUUCUCACUAAACACUGCUGACUUUCACGGUGACAUUAAACUCUUUGUUAGCAGCUCACCAAACAUGGACUAUGGUUAUCGAACCGCUCACUAUGAAAAUGGAGAGCACACAGUGGCUAUGUUUCAAGAACCUACUCUUGAUACGAAGACAGUCAGCUACCUGCUGGUGAAGGAGAAGAAGGAGGCAAUUACUUGUGACACAGAUGAGGACAUCACCAUCCAAUAUACUGUAGCUGGAGAGAAACAGGGCACCGCAGAUGUUGUUUAUCUGGUCUUAUCCAGAGGAGCUAUUGUCCUUCAAGGAGCCAAACAGAUUGCUAUUACAGAUAAAUCAGUGACUGAGGGUGAGAUGACGUUCCAGUUGCACAUUUCUCCAGCGAUGGCACCAGAUGUCCAGGUUGUUGCAUAUGCUGUGCUUCCUAGUGCUACUGUGAUUGCUCACAGUGCUGAGUUCACUACUGAGAAAUGCUUCAGUGACAAAGUCUCAGUGGAGUUUCGUCCAUCUUCAGCUGUCCCAGGAGAACAAACCACCUUGCAAGUUAAAGCCGAGCCAAACUCUCUUUGUGGGGUGAGCGCUGUUGACCAGAGUGUCCUCAUUAAAGAGCCCGGAAAGACCUUGGAUGCAGACAAGAUAUUCAGGUUGUUGCCUGUAACAAAAUCAUCAUAUAUUCCAUACCAAGUUGAAGAUCCAAUGCAAUGCUUACAAGUCAGACCAAAAAGAUCAUUUUUUCCGUACCCUGGGCAUGACAUUGAGGAUCCUCACACCGUUUUUCAGAAUAAUGGGCUGAAGAUGGCUACAAACUUGUUUAUUCGAGUGCCCUCUUGCCUGAGCUACCGGGGAAGAGACUACCAUCGCUCCCCCUAUGGUAUUGCUAUGAGAUAUAACAGUGCGCCAAAUGUGGCUGUAGCCAUGGAAAUGGAGUCUAGUCCUGUGGGGGCGGCAGGAGGAUUCUCAUCUCGUCCCCCUCCAAUUCAGACAAUACGGUCAUUCUUUCCAGAGACUAUGUUGUGGAGCCUUGUGGAAGUUGGAAACUCUGGCAAGCAGGAUGUGGCCAUAACUGCCCCAGACACCAUCACAACAUGGGAGACUGAGGCUUUCUGCCUGUCCUCUCAGGGUUUCGGAUUGGCUCCUCGUCAAAAGUUAACAGUCUUCCAGCCUUUCUUCCUUGAGCUCACUCUUCCAUACUCUAUCAAACGUGGGGAACAUUUUGAGCUGAAAGCAACAACCUUCAACUUCCUGUCUACAUGCAUCAUGGUCAGCGUGACUCCGGCUCCCUCCUCAGAUUAUACCCUCACCACCCUCCCUGGUGAUCUGUAUAGUUCCUGCCUGUGCGGCAACGAGCGCAAGACUGUCAGAUGGACUAUGGCCCCCUCUAACUUAGGGGUUGUCAAUGUGACUGUGACCGCUGAGGCUGUACCAUCCCAUGCUUCUUGUGACAAUGAGAUUGUGAGCGUGCCCGAAAGAGGUCGUGUCGAUGUCGUCACACGAACGCUCAUUGUGAAGGCUGAGGGAUCUGAGAUGACAAAGACCUACAACUGGUUGAUGUGCCCUAAAGGAGAAACUCUGAAGGAGGAAGCAGAGAUACAACUCCCCACCAAUGUGAUUGAAGGAUCAGCCCGUGGCUUAGUGUCUGUCUUAGGUGACAUCUUGGGCCGGGCUAUGAAGAAUCUUAAAGGACUGUUGAGGAUGCCGUAUGGAUGCGGCGAGCAAAACAUGGCGCUCUUAGCUCCUAAUGUUUACAUCCUCCAGUAUCUUCAACAAACACAACAGCUGACACCAGCCAUCAAGGAAAAGACCCUUAAGUUCCUGACUAGUGGCUACCAGAGGCAACUUAACUACAAGCAUGGCGGUGGUGGAUACAGCACUUUUGGAACCGGAGUGGAAAACACUUGGUUGACUGCUUUCGUAAUGAGAGUCUUUGCCAAAGCAAAGUCGUUUGUUUACAUUGACCCUAACACUGUCAAAGAAUCCGAGGAAUGGUUGAGGGAAAGACAAAAUGACAAUGGUUGUUUCCAACAGUCGGGGAGACUGUUUAAUAACAGAAUGAAGGGUGGUGUUUCGGAUGAAGUGACUCUCAGUGCUUACAUAACUGCUGCCUUUUUGGAGAUGAAUGUCUCUGCAGAUGAUCCCGUUGUUUCCAGGAGCCUUAUUUGCCUCAAAGAGUCCAUAAAUAACCUUGACAACACUUACACAACAGCACUGAUGGCCUAUGUCUUUACCUUGGCUAAAGAUCAAGAAACCCGUGCUCAGCUCCUGCAUCACUUAGACAAGGUUAAGAUACAAGAAGGUGGUUUCACACACUGGUCUCAAAAGUCAUCAAAGACCUCAGCCUCUCUCUCUGUGGAGAUCAGCUCCUAUGUGCUGCUGGCCAAACUUGGUGACAAUCCUUCCGUUGAAGACCUGGGUUAUGCUUCUGGCAUCAUCAGAUGGCUGACAAAGCAGCAGAACUAUUAUGGAGGCUUCUCUUCUACUCAGGACACAGUGGUGGCUCUCCAGGCUCUCUCUCUUUACUCCACUCUGGUGUUCAGUCCAGGUGGUUCAAGCAAAGUGACAGUGGCGUCUCCCAGUGGUCAGAUGACAUUUGAUAUCAACCAGAAUAACAAACUGCUCUACCAGGAGCAGCUGAUGAAGGAUGUCACGGGAAAGUACAAUGUGGAAGUGACGGGAUCUGCGUGCGCUGCCGUGCAGCUUUCUCUGCUGUACAACAUCCCGACGCCCACCAGUGUUGCGACUCUUGCCGUCAGUGUGCAGACAGAAGCUGACUGCGCAAGCGUUUCUGGCAGACCCAAGCUCAUCCUAAAACUACAAUCUCUAUACAGCGGGAAAGAGAGCACCACCAACAUGGUGAUCCUGGAAAUCAAUCUGCUAUCUGGAUUUAAAGCUCAGCCCCAGUCUUUGCAGAAACUCAAAGGAUCGCUGCUGGUUGAUCGAGUUGAGGAGAAGGAAGACCAGGUGCUCGUGUAUCUGAAUGAGCUACCAAAGGAUAUACCAAUUAACCACAGCUUGGAGUUAGUACAAGACAUCCCAGUGCAGGGCCUGAAACCAGCUGUGGUCAAGAUCUACGACUAUUACCAGACAAGUGACCAGACUGAAACAGCCUACAAGUUCCCUUGUAUGGAAGAAGCAUGAAGCCGGGCCAGUCUUGUGUUUGGCGCAAAUUCUUUAUCACAAUAACCUUUCUUUGAUACAGUAUGUAUAACUCCAAGUCUGUUUGUGUAGUUAUUAACCCAGUUGAUCCUUUGUAUGUGAAGAGCUGUUUAAAUGUCUGCUGUCAUGUGUAAUACUCAUAUGGACAAUGAAAUAAAGGUUUUGGUAACAUUAA